GCUGAUCAAUAUGCAUUGGCAUGGAGAAAGUGGCAUGAGCCUUAUUCCGCUGUCAUCUGUCGGGGUGCUGGACUUGCAAGGCAGACGAACCACCCUUAUCGCCAACGGGACGACCGAGGCACUCGCACAUGGGAGUGCUCGGGCAGGAGGCGCUUCGCUUGGGGCACCUUUCCCAAAGGCAGCGGGGACAGAGCCGGGCAGUGGACAUGCUGCGUUAUAUUUUACCAACGCUUUUGGUGCAGUGCAUUUUUUUUUUUCUUCUGUUGGGAAGGCCGCUGCCAACGAUGCUUGUCUGGCAACACAAUGGGAGAGAUUACGCAGGUACUGAAAGGAGGAAGAGGGAAAAAGAAGAAGAGCAAGUGGGUGUGGAAAGGAAGAAAGAAAGAAAGAAAGAAAAAGACUGUCUCAAGCCAGCGGCAGAGACAGGCCACCAGUAUCCAAGACGAAACGACAGCGAAGGCAAAAGCUUGAAUAUGGGAGGAGAGAGAGGUGUCGGAGGAUGGGUCGAUGAGCGAAUGGAUAGGAGCCCGAUGCGGGUGAUGGCAGGAUGGGAGGGAAUCGAGUCGGGAAUCGAGUCGGAAUCGGAGGCAAUCGGGUGGAAAUGAUCGAUGGGAGGGACUUGGAAUGUCGGUGAUCGUGGUUGAGAG